AUGGAGAUAGUCGAGUAUAUUCUCGCACAGAAUAUUGUAGACAUUAACAGCAGAGGAAACGACGGACAGACGGCAGUAAUGAAGGCGGCCUUGAAGGGGAAGAGAGACGUGUUUGACUUUCUGGUGACGAAAGGAGCAAAUCUGUCUUCCGUUGAUACAGAUGGCAACACCAUUCUAUAUCUUGCCUCAUCGAGUGAAGUGACAUGUGAACAGGAUGUUCCACCACUUGGGGCCUGGGUAACCCAACCCGAGGAUCACGAAGUAACACAGAAUCACACACAAUACCAAAGUCAGUCAAACACUGAUCUCCUCGAUGCCUGCAAGAAUGGAGACAUGUGCCGAGUCAAAUACUUAUUAUCUGAGGGUCAUGCAGACAUCAACACAAGAGGACAGAACGGAAUGAUACCACUGAUGCUUGCAGCACAGAAUGCUCAUAGACAAGUGUUUGACUUUCUCGUGGGGCAAGGAGCCAGUAUGUCAAUCAUGAGUAGAGCUGAGAUGAGCAUCCUUCAUGUGGCAUGUGAAGGGGGAAAUGUUCCAAUAGUGAAGUAUGUCCUCGAACAGAACGUGACAGACAUCAACAGUAGAAGACGGGACGGGUCGACGGCAGCCAUGUUAGCAGUGUUUAAGGGACAUGGAGACGUUUUCAACUUGCUGGUAAAGAAAGGUGCUGAUCUAACACUAUUUGAUGAUAAGGGAUCUACUUUUGUGGAUCUGGCCAUUCGGGGAGGAAAUACUGAGAUAGUAGAAUAUGUAUUGAAACAGAACAAUGUGGACAUUAACAGGAAACACUGCGGGCUGACACCUGUCAUGCUUGCAGCACUUAACGGGAAACUAGCCGUGUUUAAUUUCUUAGUGCAAAAAGGCGCUGACCUGUCAAUAAAGCAUGCUGAUUAUGAGACAAUCCUUCCCAUGGCAUGUAAAGGGGGAAAUAUUGAGAUAGUGAAAUAUGCUCUCGAACAGAACAUUGAUGCAAUGAGCAGCAACGGCAUGGAUGACAAUGCAGCAGCAGUGAUAGCAGCAAGGAGGGGUCACAGAGACAUAUUCGAUUUACUUGUGAAGAAAGGAGCUAAUCUGACUAUGAAGGAAGAAAACAACAAUAUCCUUCUUAUGGCGUGUGAAGGAGGAAAUGUGGAUAUAGUAAAGUAUGUCCUCAAACAAAAUAUUGUAGACAUCAACAGCAAAAACGAUGAAGAAUUGACACCAGCAAUGGUGGCAGCAAGUUUGGGACAUAAAGAAAUGUUUGACUUACUUAUUAGUGAAGGAGCAGAUAUGACUCAUGUGAGUGAAGACGAUGACAAGAUUCUUCAUUUGGCGUGUUAUGGCGGAAAUGUGGAUAUAGUGAAGUAUGUCCUCAAACAAAAAAUUUUGGAUAUCAACCGCAAAGACGAUGACGGCUGGACACCAGCAAUGAUGGCAAUAUAUGGGGGACAUAGAGACAUAUUGUAUUUGCUUGUGAGAGAAGGCGCUAAUCUGACACAAAGGAAUUAUGAGCAUCGCAACGUCCUUCACGUGGCCUGCUCAAGCAAACAAACUAAAAUAACGAAGUAUUUGAUCACAAACACACCUGUUAUGCUGGCAGCACUACAGGGACUUGGAGAGGUGUUUGACUUGAUAGUAAGUAAAGGUGCUGAUCUAAGAAGCGUUACUGCACAUCAGGAGAACAUUCUUCAUCUGGCCUGUCGUGGAUCAAACGUGGAAAUAGUGAAGUAUAUUCUUUCACAGAAUAUUGUAGAUGACAUCAAUUCAAGAUCAGUGUAUGGGAAGACUCCACUAAUGAUUGCAGCAGUAAAUCAAAAUAAAGAAGCAUUUGAUUUGCUUGUGAAGAAGGGGGCGGAUCUGACAUUAGUGGAAGACAAUGGCGAAAACAUUCUUCAUUAUGCCUCGGCGGGUGGAAAGUUGGAGAUAGUCGAGUAUAUUCUCGCACAGAAUAUUGUAGACAUUAACAGCAGAGGAAACAACGGAAAGACGGCUGUAAUGAUGGCGGCAUGGAUCGGGAAGAGAGACGUGUUUGACUUCCUGGUGACGAAAGGAGCAAAUCUGUCAUCCGCUGAUACAGAUGGCAACACCAUCCUAUAUCUUGCCUACUCUGAUCUGUUAAAUGAGUUUGAGUGGCCUGUCCAUGAUGACCUCAGUGGAAGUGACCCCUUUUCACCCAUCCUGAAAGUUGUUCCCCCUACUGAUGUUCAGCCAUCAUCACGAUGGAACUUUAAGAAAGCAAACUAG